AUGAAGUUCUUUGGACGCUUAGGUUCAUGUUGUUUCUCAACCACAACAAUAGCAGCAGCUCCUGAGGCGGAGGAUGCGGAUGGAGUGGAGGAGGUAGCAGCAACCACUGAGAUUAAUGGUGAUGUUCCACUACUGACGCCGGGAUGUGGAAGGAGAAGCAGAUCAAGAGGACGUGGAUCAUGGCGACCGGCCCUUUCGGCUAUAUCAGAAGACAGGAUGGUUUCAUUUAGACGGAGAAAACCAGGUGAUCAGUCUUCUGAGAAGAAAGCAGCCAAAGCACACGCUACCAAAGUGAUGAAAAAUUCAGACACACAAAGUUUUGCUAUGCAGAUGUCAUUUUCAGGAUUCACUCCGACACCCGCUCCACUCGAAAUCAACAAUUCAAAAAUGCCUUCGGCUGAUUCCACCUCCUUCACCUUCUCUCGUGAUUGCCUCAACAAGGAAUCAUCAUAUAUGGUUUUGCGUAGGUCAUUAGAGACGAUUAAUACGACAUGGCGGGAAAUAUGGUUGGAGAAUAAUGCAAAUAUAGGGCGGAGUACAGAGGGCUAUGCAGCAACUAGUGUUUUUGAAGGAAAUUCAAUGUUUAAAUUGAAGGUUUCGUCAUCGAUGAUCGAGAUUCAUAUUGCUACUCACCAGUGUCGCAUCGGUAUCAAGUUCAUAGAACGUGUAUGCAGCUACAGCUAA